UCUAUGAAUACAGUGCCCUUGUUGUGUGAGUUGUCUUCAUCGGCUGAUUUUUCAUUGAUUUUUUUUUCGACAUCGAACUUAGGUGAAUUUAAAAAAAAAGAAAAAUAAAAAAUAUGAUCCAAAGUCGAUCCAUUGGAAUUGGCCAAUUUGCCAAAGCUGUUACACAAGCUUGUGGUGGACAGCGAAUAACAUCAUCAUUUCCAUCAUUGAAACGUGAUUGGGAAGAACGAGCUGAAACAAUGCCACAAUUGGUACCAGCUUUUGCUAUUAAUUUGCCAUUGCAUAAAAUAACAUUGAAACCGGCUUUUAAUUUGAAUGUUCACCUGUUUAAAAAUAAAUCUCAAGCAAUUAGCGGAAUUGGAGUUAGCCAUCAAUAUAGAUUGGCUCAUACCGAUGUUAAUAUUCCAGAUUUUUCAUCAUACCGAAGGCCAUCAAACAAAGAUUUAUCACCUAGAUCGGCUGAAUCUUCUGAUGAUAGACGUGCUUUUACCUAUAUUGUAACCGCUGGUGUCGGUGUUGGUGGUGCUGUUGCUGCUAAGCAUAUGGUUCAAGGUGUACUUAAUAUGUUAUCACCGGCUAGAGAUUGUCUUGCUUUGAGUAAAGUUGAAGUUAACAUCGGAAACAUACCCGAAGGCAAAAAUGUUGUUGUUAAAUGGCGAGGUAAACCUGUUUUCAUUCGACGACGAACACAAAAAGAAAUCGAUCAGGAAAGAGCGGUCGAUAUCAGUCAACUUCGUGAUCCAGAACACGAUGAAAAACGUGCACCCAAUCCAGAAUGGUUAGUCGUAGUCGGUAUUUGUACUCAUCUUGGUUGCGUACCAAUAGCUGGUAAAGGAGAUUUCGGUGGUUAUUAUUGUCCUUGUCAUGGUAGCCAUUAUGAUGCUUCGGGUAGAAUUCGAAAAGGUCCAGCACCAGCUAAUCUUGAGGUACCAGAUCAUGUAUUCGAUGGUGAUACGUUGGUCAUUGGUUAAAAAAUUCAAAAAUUCAAAAUGAAUGAUCAUGAAAAUAAUGUUAUGACCUGUGGACGGCCACAAAAAAUGCCCAUCAAAUCACAACGUUUACGUAAUCCUUUUUUAUUACAAAUCGAUUCUGAAUCAUUAAAAGUUGAUAAUUAUAAUGAUGGAGUUAAAGUAAAUAUUGUUUGUGAAUGCUCAUUUUGGUUGUUUUCAUUUUGGGCUGUUAAAAUAAAAGAAUUUCAUGAAAAAUUGGCAUAUGAUUGGUUAACCAUUAGGAAUUUAUUAAUCGAUAAUCAAUUUAAUCAUGAUCAAUUUGCUUAUUAUGCUAAUGAUCCUGAACUUUAUCAAGAUGAAUAUAGUAAAAUUGUACAUAAAAUUAAAUCACCCGAUGAAUUGGAUUCAACAUUUUUUACAAACACUCCACGUGAUCGUUAUCCAUUAGCAAUAAUAUUAUUAUUGAAUGAUCGUGAAAUUGAAGAACAAUUACAAAAUAAUGAUAUUGUUAUGAUGGCAUCGAUUAUUCAUUUAAAAGAUUCACUUGUACCAUUAACCACAAGUGUUAUUGGUCAAUAUAUAAAAAGAAAAUCCGGCAUAGUAUUAAAUCUACAAGAUCUUUAUAUAUGUAGUGAACAAUCGAAUGAAGAUCCAAUGCCUAAUUGUAUAAUUUGUUUGGAAAAUAUGAUUACACGUGCAAUAUUACCAUGUCGUCAUGCAUGUGUUUGUUCAAAUUGUUUUGAACAAAUUAAUACAUGUCCAUUAUGUAGAUCACCAAUACAAAAUUUUAUCAUUAUAAAUCAACCAAUUCAAACAGAAACGUCUAAUGAUGAUGAUCAAGAUGAUAAUCAACAAUCCGAUAAUAAAACUGAUAUUCAUCGAAAACAAAGUCUAAUGAAUAAAAUUCAAAAAUUUUUUGGAUUUUAAUUUUAAUAUUUAGUAUAUUUAUUUAUUCAUUGACUAUUAAUUGUUAUCAUUCUACGUU